CCACCAACACCAACACCAACACCAGCACCACAAAGCCAUGUCAAUGACCCGCGAAAAACAUUGGUAUUCACGGGAAAUAUACAUUGAAGUAAUGAUAACCGCCGACGCAAAGAUGGCCCAAUAUCAUGGACACAAUCUUCGACAUUAUUUGCUGGCAUUGAUGGCCACUGUUGAACUAAUCUAUAAGGACGCCAGCAUCGGUAAUGCCAUCAGUAUUGCAUUGGUUAAGAUGGAUAUACUCGAUGAUGAACAGAGUCGACAAAUAAUCUAUUCAUCGGCUCAUAAAACUCUUCGCCAGUUCUGUCAGUGGCAGUACAUCCAGAACAAGCCAAACGACAGUCAUCCUCAACACUACGACACAGCCAUACUGUUGACACGGGAGGACUUGUGCCGUAUGAGCAACACAUGCGAUACACUGGGUUUGGCCCAAUCGGCACAGAUAUGCGAUCCGAGUGCCAGCUGUGCGGUCAUUGAGGACAACGGUCUGAGCGCUGCCUUUACCAUUGCGCACGAGUUGGCACACGUAUUAAGUAUUCCUCACGACGACGACGACAAAUGCGAAAAAUAUGUGGAAGAAAAACAAAGACAUCAUAUAAUGGCCCGAAUGUUGGACUAUACAAGUCAUCCGUGGACUUGGUCUCAGUGUUCCCGAUAUCAUAUGACACAGUUUCUUGAUGAAGGCAAUGGCGAUUGUCUACUGGAUAAGCCAUCAGCUAAUCUACUCUACGAACUUGAAUGGCGUUCCCGUACCGAACAGCUACCAGUGCUCGAACUGAGACAACCGGGCGAACUAUUCGACAUCGAUGUCCAGUGCCAACUGGCUUUCGGCCGGACAUCCCGAGUGUGUCCCUAUAUGCCUGUCUGUAAGCGACUGUGGUGUACGAUCAGUGUCGAAGGUGCCGGCUGUCGGACCCAACAUAUGCCCUGGGCUGACGGUACUGCCUGUGCCCAUAAUAAAUGGUGUCAACGCGGUAACUGUGUCGAUAUUGACCGAAUUGAAUCGCAUCCGAUUGAUGGCGAAUGGGGUCAAUGGACUCACUAUGGCCAGUGUUCCCGAUCGUGUGGCGGUGGCGUACAACUGGCCACUCGUGACUGUGAUGUGCCUAAGCCACAAUUUGGUGGCAAAUACUGUAUCGGCCAACGGAUCCGCUAUCGAUCGUGUAAUACACACGAGUGCGACACCUAUGCCAUGAAUGUACGCGAAGAACAAUGCCUUGAAUUCAAUGGCCAGACAUUCAAUAUCUAUGGUCUGCCCAAUGAUGUCAAAUGGCAACCAUAUUAUACAACAGUUAAAGAUGAUUACUGUAAGCUGUACUGUACGGUUAUGGGUACCGGUGCCUACUAUUUGCUCAAACAAAAAGUUAUUGACGGAACUCCCUGUUCACCCAAUUCGUAUGAUGUAUGCAUUAAAGGCAAAUGUAUUACAUCCGGUUGCGAUCACAUAUUGGGAAGUACUGCCCGACCGGAUCUGUGCGGCGUAUGCAACGGCGACAACAGUACCUGCAAACUGAUUGCCGGCCAAUUUGGUGGCCAACACAGUGUCCGCUAUGGCUAUAAUUCGGUAAUUACGGUACCGAUUGGCGCCACCCAACUACGUAUAGCUCAGCAUGGUCCGUCCAGUACCGAUGAUAACUAUCUGGCCAUUAAAGCCCACGAUUCGGCUUAUCUAUUGAAUGGUGAUUUUGUGGUCAGUCUGUUUGAAAAGAGUGUCCAAUACGGCGACACUACCAUCGAGUACAGCGGUUCCAAUGAAAUCACUGAAACAAUUAAGACAAGCAAACCAUUGAAAAGACAGUUAUAUAUUGAGAUAUUAAGUGUCGGUAAUCUGUCGUCACCUAGAAUUGAAUAUCAAUAUUGGCUAUCAAUUAACAAAACAACUCCGACUACUACUACUACUACAACUACAACAACAACUACUACUACUACUACUACUAAAACACCGACAAUAACUCAGAGACCAACAAAAUCAUAUGAUAACCGACAGCAACGUCGACCACCACUACCACCAACAGCACCACCACUGCCACAACCACCAACACAAGCACCUGUACGACCACAACAACAACAACCCCCACCUGUUCCUCCGCCGUCUAAUAAUAAUAAUAUCAAUGAACCCAAAUGGGUGUACGGCAAGUGGUCACAGUGUUCGGUAUCGUGCGGUAACGGUACUCAAUCAAGGAUCCUAUUGUGUUCAGCAGCAGCAGCCACGGGAGCCGUCCAACAACAAUCACAUCCCGGUGCCGGAGGCGACUAUCAAUGUCCGCAACAUACAAAACCACGAUCAUCGCCGGUCAGACCAUGCUAUCGAUCGUGUAGUCUAUUCCAAUGGAAAUCGUUUGCCUGGUCACUGUGUUCGGUAUCGUGCGGUAAGGGAUUCAAAUUCAGGCCAAUCCAGUGUAUCGAUUGGACACAUCGGGUCGUACCCAAUCAGUUUUGCGAUCCGUCACUCAAACCGAAAAGCAUCGGCCGUUGCAAACGUGAUACCUGUGCUUUCGUAUGGAAAACCUCUCAAUGGUCACAGUGUUCAUCGAUGUGCGGUAACGGAAAGCAACGGCGAAAAGUUGACUGUUUUUCGGCCGACGGCCACAAAGUGGCCAAAAAUUAUUGUGAACUAUCACUGAGACCACAGCGGCGACGAAAAUGCUAUCUAAAGUCCUGUUUAUGA